GAGUCACCGAGGGCUUCCGUCCUGCCGGCCGGACUGCUGAAAACUCCUGUCAUGGCGGCCGCUCUGUGGGCCUUCUUUCCAGGCCUGCUGCUGCUGCUAUCAGGGGAUGCUCAGAGCUCGGAGGUGUCCGGGGCUGCUGCCGAGGGAUCGGGAAGGAGUGGGGUCGGCAUAGGAGAUCGCUUCAAGAUCGAGGGGCGUGCAGUUGUUCCAGGGGUGAAGCCUCAGGAUUGGAUUUCGGCGGCCCGAGUGCUCGUAGACGGAGAAGAGCACGUCGGCUUCCUUAUGAUAGAUGGGAGUUUUGUGGUUCAUGAUAUACCUUCUGGAUCUUAUGUAGUGGAAGUUAUAUCUCCAGCUUAUAGGUUUGAUCCUGUCCGUGUGGAUAUCACUUCAAAAGGAAAAAUGAGAGCCAGAUAUGUGAAUUACAUCAAAACAUCAGAAGUGGUCAGACUGCCCUAUCCUCUCCAAAUGAAAUCUUCAGGGCCACCUUCUUACUUUAUUAAAAGGGAAUCAUGGGGCUGGACAGACUUUCUGAUGAACCCAAUGGUUAUGAUGAUGGUUCUUCCAUUGUUGAUAUUUGUGCUUUUGCCGAAAGUCGUCAACACAAGUGACCCUGACAUGAGACGGGAGAUGGAGCAGUCAAUGAAUAUGCUGAAUUCUAACCAUGAAUUGCCUGAUGUUUCUGAGUUCAUGACAAGACUCUUCUCUUCCAAAUCAUCUGGCAAAUCUAGCGGCAGCGGCAGUAAAACAGGCAAAAGUGGGGCUGGCAAAAGGAGGUAGUCAGGCAGUCCAGAGUUGGCAUUUGCACAAAUAUGGCAACACUGGGUGGCAUCCAAGUCUUGAGGGAAAACCAUGUGAAGCAACUACUGUAAAUUUGAGUCAUCCCAAAAGUUGAUCUCAUACAACUGUUGUAUAUGUUAACUUUUUAGCACAUGUUUUGUACCUGGUACACAAGAAAAACCAGCUUUCAUCCUUUGUCUGUAUGAGGUCCAUAUUGAUGUCACUGAAUUAAUUACAGUGUCUUAUAGAAGAUGACAUUAAUAAAUUAUAUGAAGUACUAUA